AUGAUGGAAUCUGUUGUUAAACAACAAGAAGAUAUAGCUGAAGAACUACGUUUAUUACGUAAAGAUUAUGAAUGGAUUACUAAUUUAUCAAUUAAUGAUUUAUGCAUUGUCUUUAAUGGUCAUCAUGAAUAUUUUUGUGGUAAAAUUGUUUCUAUUGUUGAAAAUAAAUAUGAUAUUAUAUGUAUUGAUUAUGGAAAUAUUUUACAAAAUUUAACUGCUGAUCAAUUAUAUGAAUUACCUGAUGUAGAAGUUGUUAACAUUGUACCAUUAGCACGUCGAUGUCAAUUAUAUGCUGUUGAUGAUUUAAAUCAAUCAAAAGCUAUUGAAGAAAUUAUUAAAACUAUUCCAUCAACUGAAUAUGUAACAAUAAGUAUUGAAAAUGAAGAUGAUAAAUAUUUAUUUGUAACUCCUAUCAGAGAAAAUAAUGCAAUUUUUAAUAAAAAAUAUCAAUAUGAUAAUAAAAAUAUUGAAGACAAAAAUGAGAAAAAAUCAGAUAAUGGUAAACAUCUAACAUUAACAACUGAUGUUCGACCAGGUGAAAGUACAUGUCAUGAUGAUCAUACAAUUGAUUAUGGUAAAGAUGAUUUAUCAACAAGUACAACAAUAAACGUUGAAACAAAUAAUUCAAAAAAGAAAACGAAUUAA